AUGUCCGUAGACCUUUCGCUACACAGAAUCGAGGCUUUACUCUCCAAAUUUGAGUCAUACACACGCCCAACAGUGCAUAUCGCAGGCACGAAUGGUAAAGGAAGCGUCUCUGCGCUUUUAACAUCGCUCUUACGCCAUGCUGGUCUUUCUGUUGGGCGGUUUAACAGUCCGCAUCUCUUGCAUCCGUCUGACAGUAUCUCGCUCAAUGGCAUCCCCGUACCACGUCAAGACUUCGAAGAUGUUAUGGAUGAGGUGCGAAGGAAGAACGAGGAAUAUGCGAUUAACGCGAGUAGCUUCGAGGUACUGACGAUAUGUGCGUUGCUCAUAUUUGAACGGAGUAAAGUGGAUAUUACUCUGCUUGAAGUGGGUAUGGGAGGAAGACUUGACGCGACAAACGUUAUCCCGGAUAUGUGCAUUCUUGCUUCAGUAAUUACUGCCAUUGACCUUGACCAUCAAGCUUUCCUUGGCCCGACAGUGGAAGACAUUGCGAAGGAGAAAGCGGGUAUUAUAAGAAAGGGACGACCCAUUGUCCUCUCUACCCAGAACCAUGAACGUAUAACUGGUGUUAUACAAGAAAUCGCAAGACAGAAGAUGGCUCCGUUAGUGUUGGCUCCGGUUGCGAUGGAUAGGGAAUGGGAUGAAGAAAUUGAUGGUCCGCUACCUCCGCCGUUUUCAUUGCAUCCUUUCGUACCGCCAUCGCCACGACCAGUAAAAGCGGUCCUUUCGUUACUAUCAUGUCGGGGAGAGUCUCAAGAGGAGAGGCUAUCUGAUUCAAAAUCGGAGACAGCGGCAAAAUAUCGAGUGCUACUUCCUCUACAUGGUGCACACCAGCUAGGAAACCUCGGCGCUGCCCUGUGUGUCUUUCAUCUACUGCGAAUAGGAGCCGUCAACGGUUUUGAAGGAUCGUUCUCUUCUGACCGGGGAGCAAAUGCCUUUAUAUUUGACCGCUUGUCAGAAAUGGACGAAAGAACUAUUCGUGCUGCAAUACGCGAAUGUACUUGGCCGGGUCGUCUUUCAUACCAUCUGUAUCAUAACCCUUCUCAUGCUGAACUGGAAUCAUCUCGUUCUGCGGUUCAACAACCAGACAGAAUUCAUCAAUGGCCACUUCCUGUCGUCGUGGAUGGCGCACACAACGAAGCCGCUUCUCGAACUCUUUCCGCAUACGUCUCUUCUCUUCUGUCCUCCCUUAGUGCUUCAUAUUCUCGGACUGGUGGUAGUAGAAAGAUAAAACGCGUGCGCUUGGCAAUUAUUCUUGCACUCUCGCAUUCCCCGCCAAAGACUCCGGAGUCGGUCCUUGUCCCGCUGCUGGUACGAUUCAUUGGUCAACAACGCUCGCAGCCCGAUGAAUUAUGGCCUUCAGUGAACCUAAGUGUACGAAUUGCGUUCACGCGCUUCUCGCUACCAGAAGGAAUGCCUUGGGUACGCCCAGUGGCGCCCACUGCGCUCUCUGAAGCGGUACAAAAGUCCUUCCCGAAUGCAGACAAUCUCGAACUCUGGACACCGCCAGAAGCGGAUGCAGCAAAUGACGGUAACCCUACGCAGGAACUGCAAGAUGCACUCCUAUGGGCCGCCGAGUGUUCACUGAACGAGCGAAAGCAUCGAGACGGAUUGGAUGGUAGUGGCGACGACGUGGAAGAGAACCUCGUUCUUGUGGCAGGGAGCCUCUACCUGGCCGCAGACUUCUAUCGACUCCUCCGAUUAUGCAAAGAGUGACUGAAUGUACGUGCUAAUCAUCUUUUGGUUACUAGGCGGCAGCAGACAGCGACUGGAAACGACAACCCAGCGUAUACAAAGUUUGAGUUCACAGUUUAGUGCCGGGCUGUAUACUAGAUAUAGAAGAAUUAUCGUUUAGACAUCAUCGACAUUUAA